AUGGCUUACAUCUAUAGCUGUAGAGAGUGCGGAACCGAUCUGAACCUAAGGACGUUCCAUUUGUUCCCUUCGGAUUUCUACUUCGAGGCGGGGAACCACGACACCCUUUCUUUCGCCAUGAUCGACGAGAGCAAGUUCAAGUUCGUGAAAGAAAACAAGUUCAAGCCCUUUUUUGAGACCAUUGAAUACUGGGGAAUUCAACGGAACAGAAUCAAGAUCAGGUGCUAUAGUUGUGGAAAACUCUUGGGUCAUAUUUACGACGACGGUCCUCCUCUCAGGUAUAGUCCCAAUCAAUGGUUUUUGGGGCCGAGUCAGGUGAUUCCCAGAGCUCCUAGGUAUCGGUUCAAGAUUAAGUCGCUUAAGAUUACGACUGAAACUUGA